GAAGCAGAAACAGUCAUCUAUCCUUCUUUUUGGUUGCAGAAGAGAGAUUCUGUAAAUCGAUUUUCUCAUCAAUCUUUCUUGAUUCAUCACCGAUCACUGCGAAGAGGAACAGGUAUCAGUUUCUGGGUUCUUCUGUAUUUGAUCCGUGACGGAUUCUAGUUGAAAUUUGUUGGGAAGAACUUACUUUUGAGUUCUGGGUUGCUUUUUAUGUUUCUUUUCCUGUCGGCGGCAUAUAGCUUGAAACUUUUGACGUUUAUGUUACUGUCGGGGCCGGAAUUGCAGUGUGUUCACAUCUCGAAAGAGGUUAUAAAUGAAAUUGACGAUUCUUUUGUUUGAAAUUGAUCUGGGUUUCACUUGUUCUUGGUGAAGGAUUCCAUAAAGAUUGAUUGAUUGAUCGAUCGAUUCCAUAAAGACUCUUUUUUUGUUGUUAAAUUGUUAUGCAAAGGGUGAGAGUUUCAUCGCAGCAAGUCCCGGUUCAUAAAUUAGGCGAUUCCCAGAUGACGUUAUCUCCUAAAUUCAGGAUAGGUGCAAUCAAAUCAUCUUUGCUAGAUCCUUCUUUAGAAUUAGAACUAUCUGAAAAGGGAGAGCCGCUAAUUCCUGGCUUACCCGAUGAUAUUGCUCUCAAUUGCCUACUGAGACUUCCAGUCGAUCGCCACUCCACUUGCAGGACGGUUUGCAAGCGUUGGUAUCUCUUAUUAGGCAAUAAGGAACGGUUCUUUACAAGACGUAAGGAACUUGGUUUUCACAAUCCAUGGCUUUUCGUAUUCGCCUUCCAUAAAUGCACGGGGAAGAUCCAAUGGCAAGUUCUUGACCUACAUCAUUUCACAUGGCAUUCAAUUCCGGCUAUGCCUUGUAAGGAUAAGGUUUGCCCUCAUGGGUUUCGAUGUGUCUCGAUUCCCCACGAAGGGACUCUUUUCGUUUGUGGUGGCGUGGUUUCGGAUGUGGAUUGCCCUUUGAACUUGGUUGUGAAAUAUGAGAUGAUCAAGAACAGAUGGACCGUGAUGAAGAAGAUGAACACUGCGAGAUCGUUCUUCGCUAGUGGUGUGAUUGAUGGAAUGAUAUAUGUGGCUGGAGGGAAUAGUACUGAUUUAUUUGAAUUAAACUCGGCUGAGUUUAUGGACCCGGAACAGGGCUCUUGGCAUCCUGUUUCUAACAUGGGUACGAACAUGGCUUCUUAUGACGCGGCUGUUCUAAACGGGAAGCUUCUAGUAACCGAGGGAUGGUUUUGGCCGUUUUAUGUUGUGCCUAGAGGGCAAGUUUAUGACCCCAGAACCGAUAAUUGGGAAAGUAUGGCUACUGGUUUGAGAGAAGGUUGGACUGGAUCGAGCCUCGUCAUUAUGGGACACCUGUUUGUUGUUUCUGAACAUGAAAGGACUAAACUUAAGGUUUACGAUGUUGAUUCGGAUUCGUGGGAAACUGUGAUGGGUCCUUCUUUGCCGGAGCAGAUUUGCAAGCCAUUUUCGGUUAACAGUUGUGAUAGUAGGAUAUUUGUUGUGGGUCGCAAUCUUCAUGUGGCGGUUGGGUGUAUAUCUAGGUUGGAGGUUCAAGGGAGUGAUUUGGAAGAAGAAAAGUGGAGCUUUUCGGUUGAGUGGCGAGUGGUGGAUGCACCCCAAGGUUUAUCGGAUUUGACACCCUCCAGUGCACAGGUUCUCUUUGCUUGAUUUUUAUGACCACUCAGAUUUUUUGGUGUGUUAGUUUAUAUUGUAAACUAUUAUAUAUAUAUAAUAUAUAUAUAUAUGAAAAAAAAGGCAUAUAUAGAUUGUGAGGAAUGUAGGAGGCUACUCUGAUCGAAUGUUGUUACAAUAAUAUACAUUGUUAUGUUUUCUUUUAA